CCUAUGGAUAGAUGCAGAACAAGUGUUUAGAAGGGCAUAGAGUUAAAUUGAUUCUAUCAUUUUUGUAAUAAAUAGUAGUAUAAAAAGAGAUUAGAAUCAUGAAUAGCAACAUUACAUAAUAUUCAACAUGAAUCCAACACCUUCAUUUUCUUUCAUCUUCUCAUUAGUUCAGGCCAUGUGUGUCGUGAUGAACUGAUGAUGAUUAUGCUGUGACAAGAUUAUUUUUUUGCGUUGAUUUAAUUGCAUAUUGUGUGCUAUUUUUAUGACAGGAGGUUUCCAAACUUUUACAUUUCGUAAACUUUUUUUUGCGGGAAAAAUUUAUUUCGCCCCAACAAAUUAGUACUGAAAGCAACGAAAUAGAUUUCUGAAUCGGAACCCUAAUUUAGAGUAUUUUGACGAAAUGCUAGAACCAGAAGAAGAAAUUAUCCCACGCCACAAUCCAAAAUGGAACAAAUCUUCCAUAGUUAGUUGCUUGGUUUCUUUGAUCUCAGUUUCCUUUACACACUUCUCCUUCUCUUUGCUCCCUUUCUUCCUCCCCGCUUCAUCCUUCCUCUCCCUUCUUCCUCUCUCAGCGGUGUUGCUCGUACUCGUGAUGGGAUUGGGGAUAUUGUGCAAGAGGGUUGCUGGAGUGAGGGCUUCGGCGCCAGCUUUUGUUUUCUUCAGCAUUCUUUUCGUAUGGGCUAUUUACAUAUCUGUGGUUCGCCGAGUUAUUUCAUCUUUGUUGGACAUUGUAGUGAACAUUGAAAUGAUUAUGGUGUUAAUCGGCCUAUGCUGUAUUAUGUCAUCAGACCCUGGAAUUUUGACCCAUCAUUCUUGCGCUCAUCUAUCUGUCCGGAAUUCUAUCGAUGAAAUUGAAUCCCAUGGAGAGGAAUUGGAAGUUUCAACUUUUGUUGGACAUCAAGAGUCCCCAGCUGAAGAAGAAUUUAUUAGAUACAGGAGGGUAAGAUAUUGCAGGUACUGCAAGAAUUAUGUUAUGGGACUUGAUCAUCAUUGUCCUGCUUUUGGAAACUGUAUAGGUCAAAGAAAUCAUGCUCUUUUUGUCGUGCUUGUUGUUGGUUUUGCGAUAUCUGAGGCUUCUUUUGUAGUGUGUGCUUCACAUUUUACGGCUAAGUCUGAGACCUCAAAAUUUGUUGGAGAGAAGCCUAUUACAUUCAGAAACUUGGCUGUUGGUACAGCAUUAUUUUGCGUGAUUCAAGUGGUUUGGCAGAUAACUUCUUCGUCUCUUAGGUGGUUUUCAUAAUGUGGCAUGUCCAUUGCGCAUGUUUUAACAUCAAAACUGAUGAAUGGGUAAGCUUUAUUAACAUUUUAGAGCAAAGAGAUUCAGCUUCUACGAACUGGUAGUGCUUGAUAAUUCAAACUAUGCAUGAACCUUGGCAUUUAAUGUUGGGAUACACCUGGGGUUGAAAGCGGCUUUUCACUCGAAAAGACUGAAAGUACAGUUUGGGCUAGCUUACAUUAUUUCCCACCCAACUAGAAGGGAGCAGCUGAAUUGAAUUGUGUUUGUGUUCAGCCUAUUAUUAAUGCAAGUUUUGAGCAGAUCUUGUUUAGAUAGAUCAACUAUAUUUCGGGUUCUGGAUAUAUACGGUGCAUGCUUUCCAUUUUUAUUUUAUUUUAAAAAAUUAUGCUAUGAUGCUCGGGAAGGGCCACUUUCAAAUUGUUUCAAUUUUAAACAGCAGUUCAAAAACUGAAGGGUCCUAUGGCAAAAGGCCAAGAUGAUCUAUGAAUUGCUUAAGUGGUUCGCAGUUGGCAUUACUUGCUUGUUUUCUUGUCACAUGAGAAUAAUUAUUACUUAGGUUGUCUGCAUUAUAACAGAGUUACAGAAGUAACAUGCUUGAUGCUGGAAACUGAUAAGAACACAAUGUGCACACAAAUAGUUGAUCUGUACAAAUUAUUGCAGAUAAAUUGGAAAAAUUAUCCAGAAUUCCAGAGCAAAGUCAUACCCCAU